AUGGACGGCGGCUACGGCGGCGAGAAGAGCGCGCUGGCCUCGGAGCUGGCGCAGGUGCUGGCCAUGGUCCGGGAGCUGGAGGCGUGCAUGGACCAGGACCCGCUCCCGGCGGGCGCGCGGGAGCUCUGCGCCGAGCUGGCGUCGUCCGUUGACAGGUCCAUCCGCAUCGCCAGGAAGGAGACGCCGUGCGUGAGGAGGCAGCUGCGGGCGGCGUCGGUGCAGGACGCGGCGGCGCUGGACGACGGGCUCAGCUGGAGGAAGUACGGGCAGAAGGACAUCCUGGGCGCCAAGUACCCCAGGGCCUACUUCCGGUGCACGCACCGCCACUCGCAGGGCUGCCUAACCACCAAGCACGUGCAGCGCGCCGACGGGGACCCGCUGCUGCACGACGUCGUGUACCACGGCGCGCACACCUGCGUCCAGGCCGCGCACCCCAGCGCCCAGCAGCUGCGGCAGGAGCUGCAGCUGCAGCCAGGGCACGGGCACGGCGCCCACGAGGACCAGGACCAGGGAGCCUCCACGCCCGCGCUGGAGACCGAGUGCUUGUGGGCCGGGCUGCUAGAGCCCAUGACGCCAUACUCGUUCGCCUCCGCGGCUGCUGCCGGCGCCGGCGCCGACUUCGCCGGCUGCUUCCCGCUCCUCUCGCCUACGGCCUUGGACUGGCAGCUGAGGAGCAGCCAGCCGGCAGGCAGCGUCGGGGUCGGCAUCGGCAUGGAGUUCGAGACCCAGUUCGAGGAGCUGUUCACCAGUGCAACGGAGCCCUUUCAAUGGGACCUCUAUGCGGACAAUUAG